AAAUGCAAAAGCAUUCACUAUCAAUCCCACUCCUUGAUUCUAAGGUACCCGCGAAAAGCUGUGUCUGCAAAUUCAUUCAUUCAUCACCACUGUUUCCAACGUGAAAUAAAACUUAUUUUACAUUUAACAUGUGAUUUAUUUAUCGAAAACGCAGAAUUUUUGCCCGGUGCGUUCGGAAGGCAACCCUUCAAACCAAAAUAUGAAGUGCCUCUUUUCGAUUUUUCUGUUGUUUUUCCUCUUCGUUUUCACCAACAUUCAAUGCAAUCUAGAAUGGAAGUCCGGGGUAGCGGAAAACGUUUUGAAAAACGGUCUAGUCAGCAACAAAUCCAACGUGAGUUCGUUGCCUUUGGCAAAUCUGCAACAGAAUAAUGUGGGAGUCAAUGUGAGAGGAAAGGACUAUCGUGGAAGGGCAUGUCUCAAAAACCUAACGGAAUGUAGAGAAAAGGGUGAUGGGUACCAAUCUACCACAGAUAGAUUGUCCACCAUCCUAUUUUCGUCUUUACCACCUUUCGACUUGAGCAAAGUCGACGGAGUGAACCAGAAAUGCCGGAAACAAAGCCAAAAAUACGUGCAGGACCUCAACGCCUUCCAAUAUUGGGCCCUACAAAUGUAUGAUUCCACCGCCAAAUUGCCAUCAGGAUUACUGAAUGGUAACGUCAACCAAUUUGGAGAUUUCGACAUGUGUUUGGCAGCCAAUUCGAUAGAGCACGACAUCAAAGGGCAAUAUUGUCUGGCCUCCAUGGAAGUUCAGACCCCGCAGAAUCACUAUUUGACUGGACUUUAUCAACUCGUCCACGCUCAUCACCAUUUCAAGAGUAAAUUAGAAGACGUAAGUCCAGGCCACAGAGUUCCUCGCUUCUCCAGCAUAAACUGGGCGCUGUGCGUGCCCGCAUCUUGCACCUCUGAAGAUGUCGAACUCGGUCUCGAAACGUACGUCAACAAAAUGGUGGAAGGCACGGAAUUGCGCGUGCGCUACGAGGUCGACCCGUCAAUGUGUCAGAAGAAAACAGAAUGGCAACUACCGCUGUCCAGCCGUAUAGCUUUGGCGGGUUUUGUACUCUUCUUCCUAUGGGAAUUCUUCGCUACCGUGUAUGAUUAUUACGCAGUCGGAGAAAAAAGUAAAUGGAUCAUGGCAUUUUCCGUGAAGGAAAACUUCAUAUCGUGCUUUAGUUUUAAACGUUCCCCUGACGAUAUACAGGCCGUCCACGGGAUCAGGUGUCUGAACGCCCUUUUGCUUUUGGCCUCUCACAAAUCCAUGGCCACCUUUUUCAUGCCUUACGCCAACAGAACCCAAUUCAUCGAGUACAUGGGCAGGCCCUUUUCGGUGAUAGGAAGGGCGGCCAGCUUGUACACCGACCCUUUCAUCAUGAUGUCGGGCAUGUUGACGACCUACUCUCUGCUGGGCCGUCUCCGCAGGGCGAACAAGAUCGACGUAGGGCAAGAGUACGUGUCGAGGCUGUUCAGGAUAGUGCCCGCCUUCGCGGCCCUUAUAGCCUUUUGCACGUUCCUCUUGCCGUGGAUCGACGCCGGCCCUUUGUGGCACCAGGUGGUCACCCAGCACUCGGAUAUUUGCAAGAAGAACUGGUGGAGGAAUUUGCUCUUCGUACACAACUAUUUCGGCUUCGAGGAUAUGUGUCUGACUCAUACACACCACGUUGGCAUCGAUACUCAACUCUUUUUUGUAUCGCCCUUUCUAGUCUACCUGCUGUGGAAAUGGCCCAGAAGAGGGAGUAUCAUUCUUAUCUCUCUGGCGACGAUCUCCACCGUUAUGCGGUUCUACGUUUCCUACACGAUGAGACUGUCCAACUACGUGCAUUUCGGCACAUCGAUACAGCAACUAUUCCAAACAGCUGACCACAUGUACAUUUUGCCAGCUCACAGGGCCACCGUGUAUAUAAUGGGCAUAUUUCUCGGAUACAUUCUGAGAAACUUUUCCCACAUCCAAAUGACCAAGUUCCAAAUCAACUUGGGCAACGCCGUGGCUCUAUUCAGUUUUUGCGUGUCCAUAAUAGGACCCUCGUUCAUGAGCAGCAUCGAAUACGAGUACCAGCCCCUAGAUGCCGCAUGGUAUGCGGCAGUCUCCCCCAUUUUGUGGUGCCAUUCCUUCGCCUGGAUUAUAUUCACCUGGCACUUAGGAUACAAAGGUUUGCUAGGACGAAUAUUUUCCGACAAAAUUUUCAUAUUUUGGACGAAAAUCUCGUACACAGUCUACUUGACUCAGUUUCCCGUCUACUUUUUCAAUGUGGGGACAACUAGGUCCUCUUCGGAGGCGGGAUUCUUCUGGAGCACCUUCAAUCUCAAGGAGUACGUGUGGGUUAUAGGGUUGUCCCUAAUGCUGACCCUCACCUUCGAGAUGCCCUUCCAAAAAGUCCGACAAAUUUUGCUGAGCAACCAGCGGAAUAAGAAAAUCAACGAAGAGGAGAUCGUCGCCGCCAAAAAAGAAAAAGUUUCCUGAGAGGGACGUGAAAAAUCACAAAAAUAUUGUAUAUCCCAGUGUGUCCUUAUUUUUAAUUAUAGUAGUAGGAGGAGAAUAUUGCCAUUGAAUGUAAAUACGUGUUAUUAGGGAAGAAAUAUUCAGGGACUGACAAGACUAUGUACAUUAUUCCUACUGGUUCUGGUCCAAUUUAGAAUUAAUGUUUUUGGGUUUAUAAAUUUCAACCGUGAUUUUACUAUUAGCAAUUAAGAUAUUUAUACCAUUGACUAUUAUUAUAUUCCUGAUUAAAUUGAAGUAUUCUUUGAGAUGAUGUUCCUAAGUUGUUCAAUAGCUUUUUAUACAGGGUGUUUCAAAAAACAUUGCAAAAUAAGUUGGGUUUGCUCAGUGAAAAAAUGUCGUAACGGCAUCCGUUUUCAUGAUACAAGGUGUUGAAAUAAUUUUUUUUUUCAUUUUUUACGAUUAUGUUGAAACUACUGGCAACAUUGUGAUGAAAUGUUGUAUGGAUGUUUCUUGGAAUCUGACACAUCGCAUGCAUUUGUUUUUAUAUCUGACUCUCAUAGAGGGCGCUAGUGUGGAGGCAGAUAGCCCGAAGGCCCCAUUCCAAAUCUAAUCUAAUCUAAGCGUAGAUAUUGUAUGUAUAUCUCUACCAAGGAAGCAAACUAACGCCAAUAUAUUUUACCUCACCCACGGGAGGUGACAUUUUUUUCCUUACGCUUACGUUCGAUGCAGUGAGUAGAAAAAAAAAUACUUACUACAUUUUCUCCUUCCUUUCGAAAAAUGCUUUGAUGACUAUUUCCUGCUCCUGCUCCUUAAACACCUUCUAACUGAUGAUUCCAUAGGAAAUCUGAAAAUAAUGAAUAAGUGUCAGUAGGUGCAUAUAAAUUGAUAUACGAUCUUCGUAAUAUGGAUAUUAUUAUGAAAGGAACUCAAAAAAUAUUUCAAUUAUCGCAAAGUCCUAUCGAUUUUUGAUAUGUAUGUUGCUAGUCAACACUUCUAGGUACUGUUUGACUGGCUUAUUCAUUCCCUUAUCAAUAAAGUGUCACUUUUAAUUCUAGUAAUAUUCGAUAUUACAACAUAUUUCAAAAUAAUUCUCAUAUUGAUGUUAACUUUUAUAUAAACAGUUGGGUAUUCCCAUUCACAAACAUUUUGCUAUACUAUUUCAAGAACAUAAUAGAGGUACUAUCAUAGUUCUCC